AUGUUGCUCCACGGAACCACUUUAGUGGCUUUCAGCGGUUUUACGAAUUUUCUAUCAGAUUAUCGUUCGUCUUUUUUCUUUUUUUUUUAGCUCGGUAAGGUUUAAUAUAAAAUUUUCGUUGUGUACUCAGGCACUGGUGGCGCGCGCUGCGCUUCAGGCGGGGGCGCGAUUGGGGUCCCCGCUCAUUUUUUGCCUUUUUUGUUCGUUUAAGCUCAUAAUUUCGGCUUUUAUUUCAUUUUUAUGCGUUUCCUCUCAUCAUGAUGCUUAGUUUAACAUUAAAAAAAAACUCCACUACAUCCAUUUUUCGAUUUUAAUAUGGUUCUUCAAAAACUUGAACAAAUGUGCUCGAAACCGGUUUUAAAAGUGAGCAUACAUACUAAUAAAUAUUAAAAAAUAACCAACAAACAAUUUUAAAAAGGUUUUCCCACUCAAAAGGCUAAAAAGAGAGCCAGAAACCCGGCGCUUCCCCCACCCUGUGCCUGAGUAAUAUUGAAGUAAUUUUUGAAAUUAAAAGUUUUCAGAAAGUUGAAUUUUUCUUUUUAUGCUUUCAGAAAGGAAAGUUCUGCCGGUUUUUAAUGUAUUUCAGUUUGCAGGAAGAUGAAUCAUAGCCGGAACUUUCAGAAACUCUUCAUUCCAACAUAGGCAUCUCCGAAAGUCUCUACACUCACGUCAAGUCUCCUUUGGGUCUUCUUUCCAACAUCCGAGUAAGUUAAUAUAUAAAUUGAAGAAAUUCCCGGACGGAAAAGUUUCAGCGAUAUUAGAAGAAGAAGACUGGACAGCAGAUGCGCCUCUUCCUCCUGAUGAGCCGCCAAUCUCACGUGAAACAGUAGAUAUUAAACCCGAUGUUAAAAAUUUGAGGUUUGAAAAAUCGUCAACUGAUUCUUGGUUCGAAUAAAUCUUGAAGCUUGAAAAUACUCAUUCAUUGAUUUCCAAGAAGUUUUGUUUCAGCGGUUAACAAGUUCCCAGCUUUUGCAAUCAAUUUCCAUCUUUAUUUUGAAACGAAGUUCUAUUUUCAGUCCCCUGGCUAACCUGGAUUUGAUAUAUCGGCCUUGUGGGGACGAUAGAUGCGGCGCCGUGUUCACCCCUCGUGUAAACUGUGCUUCCGAUCGGAUGAAAGCCCUCAAUAACAUUCCACCUGUUGAAAUGUGAGUUUUAUCACGACUUUCAACAAUUUUUCUCUUCAGAAAAGUUGAAGUUGAUCCGAUGGACGACCUGGCAGACAUUUACAAAAGACUGCUGCUAGAAGAUAAAAAAGCGUAUGCGGAAAGAAUGGAAGUUUUGAGCAAACUUUGCACUUUAGUAUUGCCGGAGCCGAAAAUAUGAAAGAAACGUCGGUGGACAACUCAGCCGUGUCUGAACAAGCUAAGGAAACGGCUCCUGAAGAGGAAACCAGUUAUGCGGCGAAUUAUAACGAGGAAGAAGCUAUUCCCCUGGACCACUGGGCUGCUGUCUAUUAUUAUGAGGAGAAGGAGAAGGUUCUUUUUAAGCAUCGAAUCAUUUAUUUAAAGAAAACAGUGGGAAAUUAUUCAAAAAAAAAAGUAGAAAGCAAGAUAAAAAGUUUAAAAAUUAGGGAAAAUUUUCCGGAAGUGUGAAAAAGUAUAGUGGUUGCUUUAUGUCUUGAAUCGCUAAAGAAAAAGAAACAUAAAUCAAAAAAACCCGGGGAACUGAGUUUCUAUAGUUAAGAAUCUCAAAAUCUUCGUUGGUUUUAAUUUUUUUGAUGCUAGUUGAGAGUUGUGGUCAGAAAAAUUGUCCCUUUUCUCAUCAUUUUGUUAUUUUUUAAAUUAAAGAUCGGCAAGAUAUUCUACGCGAUUGACCCAUAUUUUAACGUUAACGGCAAGACGGUUAGAACGACGGAUCGACGGAAAAUGUCCCUGAGUUCGGCUCCGAACAGUUUCUCGCGGCCUGUGAGCUCCAUCAUCAGAAAUCAACUUGGUAAUGGUUCAUUACUUUCUUUGACAAGGCUGAAAAGGCAGUGAUGUUACCGAACCAAACAAAAAACAGAGGGUUUUAUUUUUAUUUUUUCGGGAUCAGUUGUUGAACUAAGCUUCCUUUUUCUUUAGAUUUCAAAGGUUUUUGAGAGAAAAAAGGUUCCAUCUGCCUGACCAAUUUAUCGCAAUCGCAAAAUUAGAAUUUUCAGUCUGAAAGUUACCCUAAGCCACUGACUCUUGUUUGAUGUUCGAUCCCCGAACGUGAACAAUUUUAAUUCACUACAGUACUUCAGAAAAAAAAAGGAAAAAACUUAAUAAAAAUUUUCGAAACCCAAAUGUAUUCUUCGCCAUUAUUUUUUUACUAAUUUUCUACCACUUUAUUUCAGGAGAAGGGAUCGACGUUGUGAUGAAAAACGGACAGGUGAAACUGCAGUGCAAAGCCGAAUGUGCGGUUUUCGUGCAAUGUCCGCAAAGAGCUCACAUCCGACAAGAUCCGCCCAACUGCGUCUAUCGACUCAGCUCCAGGGAUAAGGCCAAUCGUCAGUGAUUUCUCAUAAGCUUCAGGAAAAAUAACUUCUAACUCAAUUGAAAGCAUUUUUAGAUGCCGCAUUAGGGCAAACCAAAAUGUAGGGACCUAGGUGAAAAACAGUUUCGGAGCGUUGAAUAUUCUUAUAAAAUCAAUAAAAACCUUGCGAAUAUAAAAAAGAUAUUUAUUGUUGUCCUAAUUGCAGAAGAACUGGUGAUCUUCGACGAAGAAUAUUUCCGGCUCGUUUUGGACAAAUGCGCCGAUUCCGAGUGCGAAGACAACUACUUCUUGCUCCACGUUAGCUUUCCGUUCAAUUACCAUUUUUAUUGUUCUGGACUCUUCAGAACCACUGCAUAACUCGGAUUUCUUUCGUGAAGGGCUUCGGCGAGGCUUACCCGAGGAAGGAAAUCACACAGACGCCGUGUUGGAUCGAAAUCCAGUUCGUUUACAAGCUCAAGGACUUGGAUUCGGUGAGUUGAGACAUAUAUUUGGGAUUUUGAUAGACAUAUUCCAUCUUUUCUUUAGUUCAUUAAAGUCGGACGUAAUUUUACGAUUUCUUUAAAACAAUUUUUGAGUUCUUGACGCUUUUAAACGUAAAAUAUUCCAAAAUUUUCUGAAAGCAACAGUUUUUCAAGUUUCUUUUUUUUAUUGAUGCUCUGUUCUCAAGGUACUUUCGAAACGAAUAUAUUUUCAGGUUUUCGAAAAAAAACAUUUUUAAGUUCUGAACGACCUUAAACGUAAAAUAUUUUGAAUAUCCUCUCGAAUAGAGUCCAAAUUCAACAAAAAUGCAUGCUAUUAAUUUUCCAGGCUCUUCGAUCUGGUUACUUUGGCUGA